AACAGCCUUGCUAGGCCUCUUGGAUGCUCCUGCAUCACCUCCCCUUUUAAUGGAAGGAAAAGGGAGAAAGAAAGGGAUGGCGAUGUGGAGCCAUCUAAUAGUCCUAGCUGGAUCUUUUUGGCGCUCCUUAGCUGGAUCUUCUUCUCAGCUGUGGAACAGGAAAAGCCGGUCUUUGCAUACAAAAGGAUUGGAGAGAGUGCUUAAGUGGUUGCAAGGGACAAAACAACAUUAUGGUUGCUUUCAGAAAGAGGCAGGUCCAGAAAUGCUGAAGACUGGAGCAUUACUUCUCUCUUCUUGUUGGAAACAUUAUGGCAUGCUCAUGCACUUGGAAAAUUACAAAUUUUCUCAGGAUUACAAAGUAUUGUUGGACGAUUACUUGUCUGGAAUUCAGGUGUGGACAAGAUGGCCAGAAUCCCACUUCAAGGAGGUGGAUGUUUUGAGCUCGAGUUUUCUCUUUGGAGCUAUUUCUUUGGGAAGAAUCUGGCAUAUACCUGGUGCAUGCGAAAUUUGGGGACCAUAUGUGCCCGGAUAG